AUGUCUCGGUUAAUCUUUUUUAUUCCUUUUAAAAUAAUUCUUUCAGAAUUAAUAAAUUUGACUAGAUUAUUUCACAUAAUAAUAUAUCAUCGUACCCAUUUAUUCUUGUUAUUAUGUAUCUUGACCUUUACGUCUCUUGAUCCGGUGAAUGCGACGUUAUUAUUGUACGAUUCAUCUAACAUUGAGCUGGCCUCUUUAACAAAUACUGAUUUCCCAUUUCUGGAUAGUUUAAAUAAUAAUCCUCUUUCUAAUUAUUAUAAGAAUGGUGUAGUUAUUGAAGGAAGAUUGGAAAUCGCAAAAUUUAAUGUAAUUACUAAUGAUGAUAAUUUUACAAUUAAUGAUGGUCCGUGUACGCUUAGACCUAUUCCUGUGGGAAUAGAUCUGUUGGUAGUUCCUUUUGAUGUGAUUCAACGAUUUGGUUGUAAUUUUAUUGAUGAUUUCAUCUCAAGAAACAUAUGGAUAACUAAUGGUAUAAUGUCUCCAUCUGGUAGUAAUCAAUCUAGUCUACCUGAUGGUUCGACAAUUCUGCCUAAUGGAACUAUUGCUUAUUCUGCUAAUAAUGUUGGCGUAAAAAGUCGUAAUGAAAAUAAUGGACAAUGUAAAUAUUUUAUCUCAAAAUCUUCUUAUGAACGACGGUCAAUUAAUCGUAAUUCAUUACAAAAUCAAAAACGCGUCAACAUUCAUAAAAGAGAUGUUUCAUUCAAUAUUAAUGAUUUACUUCCAAAAGUUAUUGCUUUUACUUCGUUGAAUGGUGGUGAUCCUGGAGUUAAGGAACUUAUAUAUAAUCGUGACUUGUUACGUAACGCUAGUGUAGGUUUGACUUUGCUCAGAAAAGAUGAUACGACUUUGAUUCAAUCUUUGUAUGCAAAUAUUGAUCAUAUUAAACUUACUUCGAAUAUUAGUCCAUGGGUGCUUUUACUGCAAAGCAGUUCUUGGGCUGCGUGGUCUAUAGUAUGGAGAAACCUAAACAUUGUUAUUUUACCUGCUAUUUCAUUUUGUUCCCUUGCAUCGUCAAUAAUCUUACAAAUUGAUCCAAAUGGUAUAAGAGAAGAUCGUUUAUCGAUAACAAGUUAUAAAUUUAUCAUAGGAUUAAGGUUUGCUUCAUUAUGCAUAUUUUAUAUCAUGUUACAAUUUUUAUGGGUAAAAGCAGCCAGAGAAAUAACCAGAUACGAUACUCGCCUAUUACCAUUUAUUCGAAUAUUUUCAAAUGUUCAACGCCUAAUCUUAUACACAUCCAUCCUCAUAAUCCUAAUUUCGACGUUCCUAAAAAUCUUAAAUCAACCAUCUACAAAUUCACAAUUAUUAAAUUCUUCAGUUAUAUUAGAAAUUAUAUUUAUUGUAAUAGUAAAUUUAGGUUAUUUCGUAUUUGGAAUUAUUAUGAUUUGGGGAUUAGCAACAAGUAGAGAAAUACAUCAAAGGAUUGGUGAAAAUUUGAUUUAUAAGUUUUCUAAUAAAGGUGACAAAUGGAAAGCUGGACGGAUAACUGAAGAUUUAUCGACUUGCAUAACAUUAUCCUCUUUCUUAUUUUUACUUCGUGUCCGAAAAUUUUCUUGGUUUUUGGUAAAACCAACUUCAAUAUUAUUAGCAAAUUUAAAACUUGACAAGAAAGAUGGUAAAGGCAUGUUAUACCCAUCUGUUGAUGAAGAAGAUGAACGUAUAAAUUCUGCUGCUUAUACUACACGUAUUGCUGUUGUUCGACCUGAACCUACCUAUCGAAUGAAUCCAAAUAGAAUUGAUGUUGACCUUCAAUUUGGUAAUUAUACCGUGAGAGAUGAUAAUGAAAAAAUUAUGAAUAAUCGGAAUAGAUUUUUAGAAGUGGAUAGAGAAUCACUAGGAGAAAAAAAUAUUAUAAAAGAUAAGGAUCUUUCAAAAGGUUCCACAAAAUCAAAACCUAAUAAUGGUAGUAAUGGAAAUGGUGGAAAAAGUGAGUCAAAUAAAUUUGAUAUUAUUGAUUUAUAA